AUGAGCCAGAUCUACGAUACUUUUAAUCAGGAGCCUGGCUGGCAGUCUCUAGGAAUCAACCAGGUUGCCGAGUUUACCGCCAUCAAUGUGACAGAUGGUCCAACUCCCACGAUACAAACGAUGGCAGUUCAUGGCAAAGUAGCCGCUGCUAUGUAUAAUGAACAAUCAACUACAAGCAAACACAACUGGGCUCGGUAUUCGAGUGGAUGGGACGCCACGCUCAAGGUGCCCGGUCUCUUGCUCGAAACAGAAUGCUUGUCGGUCAAUGGAAGUGCGGUCGGUUCCUGGACAGUUGCUGCAAACGAAAACGCCACUAUAUCAGUAGAAAUUGGACCAUACACGUCAAACAGCUCUUUUGAGGGCGUGCAGUGCCUUAUUUCGAUUGAAAAUGCCCAAAUUUCACUUCAGCAGUGGCUAUACGAUGGAACCGGAGACUACAGUUAUAGUAUUACCAACUGGGGCCAAGGAAUGAAUGCCGGUAUUUGGAAGCUAGGUAGCUCCGAAGAUGAUUUUUCUAUGGCUACUGAAGGUACCGACUGGUUUCAGGAUUUCUUGCCUAACCUCCAAAAUCUUUCGUCGGCCCCCCAGAUUGUUAAUCUCACAUCGCUGAUUAUCACGAUCGCCGAUAGCCUUAUGACUUUGAACAGGGGAUAUAGCGAAACUUUAGCUAUAUCGGCAGUUGUUGGUGCAAUAUUCGCUGACAUGUUCACCUCUUUUGAGUGGACAUACACUGACAUACCGGGAAACACUACAUAUCAAGGCCCUAUACGUUGGCAGAUAUAUGGGUCUGGACCCCGCUUACCUUGGGAGUGGACGAUUGCCACAGUCCUGGGCAUUGUUGUCAUGAUUCACGUCUACGACCUUGGCCUGCUUUUACGGUAUAAUGGCCUGGCUCAAGGCUAUUGGCUGAGUCUCAAUGGAAUGAUGCGAACCGCAAAUUUGUCAUCCCAAAUCAAUGAAACUUCCGAUGCCCAGAACGCAGAGACUCCAGCCCAAUAUUCUGAACCAACCCGCUUGUUUGCACGUGAAAUCAGAGAUUCGGAGGGGCAGACUACCGGAAAAGUUGUUGUGGUUGACCAGGAGACUUUGAAUUCGCAACGUGGACCAGGUGAAAAGCAAUACGUGGAGCUCCGAGACGAUAGAGAGUACAGCAAAAAAGACCAAUAG